AUGACGGUGCGGCCACGCGGAUUGCGGUUUUACUCGCUCAAUUACCCGCCAUCGUACUUCAAGAACCCGUCUGCGCCGCCCAAGACGCUGGACCAGCUGCGCCAGGCGCAGGGGUCAGGGUUUCCUGGGUCCUCGGACGUUGAAGCGGUCGUGUCUUCUGCGGGCAAAUAUCGGCAGCUAGGCAUCGGGCUGGGCAUCGGGCUCUCGUCGUUCGCCAUCAGCGUGACGCUGGGCUGGCUGCUGUCGGACAUGUCAGAAAAGGUUCAAGAAGGCGAGCGUCAGAUGAAGCUUCUACGCAAGAACCAGAAAGAAAUGCUGAUCCAGAUGCAAAACUACAAAAAGAAGAUCACGCUGGCGUCAGUGGAGAACUCGAAAAAACACCUGAUGAUCCAGGGCAAGAUGCAGAUGCACGUUGCUCUGCUCAGAGAACAGUUGAUAGACCAGGGCAUUGAUCCGGUGUCGAUCGACGAAGCAAUAGACAAGUUUGAGGAAAACGUCAAGAUGGAGACCACCCCGACCACCAUCAACCUGUGGGUUCCCGGGGAGUCGCGCUUGAAAUCAUUAAUACCAGACGCUCAUGAAUAUACACGGAAUAAAUAA